AGUGUUCACUUGACCUUGUUUUUAUUAUAUUAGAAGAUAAAUUAACACAGCAUUAUUAUUUGAAAUGCGAGCAGAUUAUGGCUCUCCAGUUACAGUCAGUCUUAUUACGAAAUUUAAAUAGAUGCAUAAAACCUUGGAAAAAACGUUUUCAUAAUAAACCAUAUGUUAGGAUAGUUGAAGUAGGUCCUAGAGACGGUCUUCAAAAUGAACCUGUUAAUGUUCCUACGAAUAUUAAAACAGAAUUAAUUAACAAACUUUCCGAAACUGGUCUCAGGACUAUCGAAGUUACUAGCUUUGUAAGUCCAAAAUGGGUACCUCAAAUGGGGGACAAUGUAGAUGUUUACUCAGGGAUUACAAAGAAAGAUGACAUCUCUUAUCCAGUUCUAAUUCCUAAUUUAAAAGGAUUGGAGUCUGCUAUGAAAGUUGGCGUACGAGAAAUAGCUGUCUUUGCAUCAGCGUCUGAAGGCUUUUCCCAAAAAAAUACGAACUGUUCAAUUCAAGAAGGAAUAAAUCGAAUAAGGGAUUUGGUUGUCGUAGCGAAAAGGGAAAAUCUCAAAAUACGAGGAUAUGUCUCAUGUGUAGUUGGUUGCCCGUAUGACGGACACAUACAACCAUCUUCCGUUACAAAAGUAACCGAGGCAUUACUAUCUCUUGGCUGUUACGAAAUAUCUCUUGGUGAUACUAUUGGGGUGGGAACGAGAAAAACUAUAGAAAAUAUGAUUAUAGAUCUCCUAAAAAUUACAACACCUGAGAAAUUAGCUAUACAUUGCCACGAUACAUAUGGCCAGGCUUUGGUCAAUAUUUGUACUAGCCUUGAAUAUGGCAUAAGAGUUGUAGACUCUUCUGUUUCAGGGCUAGGUGGUUGCCCUUAUGCAAAGGGCGCCACUGGUAACGUUGCUACUGAAGACUUGAUAUAUAUGUUGAACGGUAUGGGGAUGGAGACAGGUGUUGAUUUGAAAAAGCUCAUAGAAGCUGGUAGAUACAUCACUGACUUUAUUAAAAAGCCUUCAGCAUCAAAAGUCAACAAUGCACUAUUUUCAAAGUACUUUAAUUGAAACAGAAUCUGUUUCACUACAUUUUUUUACAUUUGCAUAAUUUUAUUGCUGUUUUAUUCAUUUAAUGACUAGUGACUAGUCAAAAGAAAUUAUAUUCACUGCAGUUCCUCAUGUUACAUAAAAUAAAACCUUUAAUAAAAUAA